AUGGAGGUUGAUUGCUGCAGUGACAGUCUAAUGGUGGUAACAUUGUGUGGGACACCAGUAGAUCUAGUGGUGAUGGUUGUAUACAUGCCAACAAGCGAUAAUCUAGAUGAAGAGAUGGAAGAAAUGUAUGACAAAGUCGAAGAAAAAAUGACAUGUAAAGGCAAAGAUUACGUAGUGGUACUUGGAGAUAUGAAUGCAACUGUUGGAAAUGAAAAGAUCUUGAACGUGGUCGGAAAUUCUGGGCUGCGGAAAAGAAACAUCAGAGUCGAGAUGCUAGUAGACUUUUGUGUGAGAAACAAUCUGACGAUAACAAACACAUUAUUCAAGAACAACAACAGAAGGAGGUACACUUCGAAAGCACCAGAAGGUAUAAGGAAAUUGUGGCUGGAUUACGUCAUUGUCAGACAAAGGUACAAGACAAGUAAGAAGAACUCGUGUUUCUACCCAGCGGCAGAUGUUGAUUCUGAUCACAAAAUGGUGAUUAUGAAAGUCAAUCUCAAGCUGAAGAAGGUAGCCAAAGCAAAAUUAAUCUUAAAAUGGAACAGAGAACAACUAAAGGCUGAAAAAGGAGAGGAGUAUGUGAAGGCAAUCAACAACGAACUGGCGAGAAACACCAAAACUGUAAUUACUGUAAACAACAGAUGGUGGAGAUUACGGAACGCAAUGAUUAAAGGUGCAGAUAACACCACUGGUAAGGUGAAAACGAGGAGAAUAAAGAAGCCUUGGGUGACUGAAGAAAUGCUGGUUAAGAUGGAUGAGCGGAAGAGAAAAUACCGAGAACUGAACAGCGAACUGAGAACAAUGAACGGGGCAAGAGAACGGUGUUGA